AUGGCGGAUGAGAUGACUUUUUCUGCUCUUUCCGAAGAAGGCAAGAAAAAACUCGCAGACAACAGCAAAAUUGUGUCAGAAUUCAGGCAGAAAAAACUAGAAAAAGAAGCUCAGAAGAACUGGGAUCUAUUUUACAAGAGAAAUGCGACCAACUUUUUUAAAGACCGACACUGGACAACUGCAGAGUUUGAAGAACUUUUAAGCUUGUGUGAAAAGUCGGACAAUGAAGUAAGUGCGGGUUUCUAGCUAUCUUCAUCUUCUAGUUAUUAGCUGUUGAAAAAAGAAAAGUACCCCGAAAUCCGACCCAUCUUAAUUUUUUUUUUCAUACAGUCAGAGCAGAACUACAUCAAAAGGCACUCAAUUUUAAGCUUAAGUAUGUUGUACCAUUUAUUUAACAUAUCAUACCUGCCAAUCCCCGGAGUACAAAAAUCUGGAGACGUCUAGAAAUCUUUGUAUUGUAAGAAUGUCAUUUUCGACAAUGUCUGAAUACUCUCUAAAAAUCACCCAAAGGCCUUCUGAAUGUUCCCGACAUCGAUAACAGUGUGCAAAAACCGUACCAACUUUCUACCAUAUAUUGUGCAAUUUGAUUGGUUGAUUUCUGACCAAUUAUGAAACUUGUUAAAUAUGUAUCAAUUUAAUUUCUCUGUAUCGAGAACAGCUCAAAUAAGAGCUCUAAAUCCACUUCUUGUUUUAUUUUCCUUUUGACAUCUUGAAAAUAAUGAAAUUAAUGAAAAAAAUUUUGAAAAAGGCCAUGGUAGGUAUUUCCCAGGAGAUUUGGUGCUCUAACCGGGAGACCAGGAGCCUUGAUGAAAAACUUGGAGACUCCUGGGAAAACCGGGAGCAUUGGCAGGUAUGACAUAUACACCAGCCAUUUUAAACCGUGGCCAUGUGCAUGUAUUUACUUUAAAUGCCAGUGAAAGCCGAAGGACUCUCCAGUCCUUGAAGCCAAAGUGAGCUAGUGAACAGUUUCAACUCUCCCACCACAACAAGUCCAGCAUGUGUAACUAGCAGGAUUCAUAGUGUGUUUUUUCAGAUUGUUUUGAAUAACCCAAAAAAACCCUAAUUAAAUCAAGCUACCCAAAUAAAUACUUGCCAAAUUUUCCAACCCUAAAAAAUCCCGGAAUCGAAAAUUUCCAACCUAAAAAAAUCCUUUGAUCACUCCCAGCACUUGAAAUCCAGAGCACCCCAUGGUGGGUCACUGAAAAAUGGAUUAGUUUAAAGCUUCACAGUAAUGUUAUUUAUAAAAAAAGCCACUAUUAUCUGUUUGUUAUUUUUUAACUAUCAAGACUGUAUGUUUUGAACCAAGACAGGUCAUCAGAGAGUUUUACUUGAAGCAGGAUGUGGUGUAGGGAAUCUUUGCUAUCCACUGUUGGAGGAAAUUCCAAAUGUCUUUAUUCAUGCAUGCGACUUCUCGCAACGGGCUGUUCAGUUUGUAAAAGUAAGUUUAAAUUCUCUUGACUGAUAAUCUCAAACUCAGAAAACUGUAAGACCAGUUAGCAAGCUCUCCCGAAUAUAUUCAAAUUCCAGAGAUGCAGUUGCAAGCUCUCCUUCCUUUUCCCGCCCAGCUGCCAGAGUGCCCCCAGAGAGCUUGCUGGCAGGCUACAGUCACUGUAGAGACCAGCACAUGCAAAGAAACCACAAAAAACAACUGUUUCACCAAAAACAAUUCUGGAAUGUUACUGUGUCACAAGGGAGAAGCUAAUCAGACAUGAGAUAUAGUGAUGCUUAAAAGUAUGUUGGCAGUCUUCCAUGUCUCCAUCCUCAAGACUGGGGACUGGAUUUUUAAUUCUUGAGUUUAAACCAUGGUACCGUGUAUAUUUCUUUUGCCCACUAAAAUUGUUUAGACACUGUCCACAAAUAAAUAAAUUAUGAGGUAAUUUCAGAGAACAGAACAAAAACAAAAUUUGUAUAUUUUAAUAUUUUUGACCAAUUUGAAACAUGGCAAAAAUAAUUAGUAAUAUUUAUUUUAUAAUAAACUAUUAAUCUGGUAUCUCAAAGGAACAUGCUGCCUUCAGUGAAGAUAAAGUGAAUGCUUUUCAGUGCGAUUUAACAAGUGAUAAUCUACUCUCACAUGUACCAGAAUGUAGUGUGGACAUUGCAACUUUAGUCUUUGUGCUUUCCGCUGUUCAUCCUGACAAAAUGUUGGCUGUCCUUCAAAAUAUCAUACAGGUUUGUGUGUAUUUUUGCCUAGUUAAUUCAUUUUUCUUAACAGACAGAUUUUCAGCUGUUUUGUCUUUGGUCAUCCCUGUUUUGAUCACACAUGGGGGACGGGUUGCUUGAAGCAUGACCAAAGGGAGUGUGACUGGUGACAGAAAGGAGGCUUCCCAUCAUCCCUUAUGCUCCCAUUAACCAUGCUUCUUUCAUAUUAAUAGGAGACUAAAACCAAACUGGUGACAAUUAGUCAGGAUUUUCAGAAUACCUGUGAGGUCUAAAAACAUGUUCCAAAUAAAUACAUGUACAGUGUAUCCUUUAAGGGCUUGGUGACUGAGUUUUAAACCUACAUUUUGUUAAAGUGUUGUUUUUCCAAAUCAAAUCAAAUCAAAUCCUUUAUUCAGACACGUAAAACCCAGGAGCAUCAAAGUUCUCGUUAAAACGUGUACGUGUGUAAAUGAUGGCCUUACAGCACUUUCUCAUUUAACUUGUAGUGACACAGUAGACUGCUUUUCUCUACGUGAUUCUAGUAUGUGUAUACUCAUGAAGAUUGUAAGAACUGGUGCUGAGGAAUUUAUAGACUCAGUUGAUUUUAUUCAGAACCUGUGUGCGGUCAAGGAAUAUAAUUGGCACAGCACCCCUAAAUAGUUAGUCCAAUCUGGCCCAUCAACAAUCAAUCAAUCAAUUAAUCAAUCAAUCUUUAUUCUCCUAAGAUAAAAGGACAUAUCUUAAGUUACAAGAGAUAAAAAUACAUAAGACAUACUGUAUACAAAUAAUAGAAAGAUCAAAGAUUGUAUCUAAAAAUAAGCCUAUUUGCAAAAACAUUCUUAAAUGUAUCGGUCUUUAUAUUCGGGUGAUGAGCAGUUUUGUUUCUGAGUAGAUACUUUGUUUCUUUCUUCUUCAAAAUGAUGUUACUGAGCGGGCAAUUGGGAUCCACUGAACAUACCUUGAAAAGCUUCUUAUCUGUCUUUUCUAAACGCUCUCAAAUGUCCAUUCUCUUAGAUGGUCAAAGUUACUCAAAAAAUCAUCAUAAAUUUUGAUUUGAAUGGCAAAUUAGCAUCAAAAUGUUUUUCACUAUCCCUUUGUUACUUCUUCUUUUGUUGUGGAGUACAGUGGUGAUUCAAGACUUUCAGGUAUGGGGUGGGGCUGCUAUUCCAGGCCCUUGAGAUUAGGGGGACACUCUGGAAUGUAAUGUUUUGGCCCUGCAAGCCUUGAUUUGAUUGGUCUAAAACUUAAGGACAAGGAGGGGGGCACCCUUCCCCAGAUCUGUCACUGGCAUAUACUGUUGGACCUAUUUAAUGUAUUUAUUUGUUUGAGAUGAGAACAAAAUACUCAGGAUUUCAUGGUUUUGUGUUUCUAUCAGAUUCUCAAGCCAGGGGGAUUGCUUUUUUUUCGUGAUUAUGGCCUUUAUGAUCACGCCAUGCUGAGAUUUAAUCCUAGAAAUAAACUGUCAGAUAAUUUUUACGUCAGGCAAGAUGGGACUAGAGCAUACUACUUUUCAAAAGGUAGGCUUCAGUACAUUAAUUACAGGAAAAAAGUUAAUUGUGUUUAUUUGCACAGUUAUUAUUUUACAUAUUUGCUUUUCUAGUAAAUAGCCAAUAAGUGUGCAUGUGUUGGUUAUGAGAUGACUAUGAACUGUCUUGCACCCAACUAGCAGAUUACUAGCAGUGUAAUUAAAAAAUUAAUAAGCAAGAAAUUAUCAUAAAUUUUGCUUAGAAUGGUUUGUCAUCACUUGGAUAAUAUUUUCUUAUGGCCCGUACACUGUGGUUGCUGAGACAAAAUUCCAAAAUUCCAAAAUUCCAAAAUUUUGGAAAUGCAUCCAUCAAUAACCCAGAGUCUAAUAAUAAUAAUUAUUAUUAGAAUUAUUCUUCACCUGUCCCAGGGUUGUCAUUUAAGGUUGGAGGGCAGGGAUUUUCCCCAGAUAGUCUACCCCCAGCUACUUUUAUAGAAAACAAAAUGAAAAUGGAGCCAAAACAGCCUCUUGGCUGUUCAUUGUAGAUACUUUCAAUAUUGUUUGGUGGGGAUGUACUACUGGGACCUCAGAACGUAUAGCCUAUACCAGACCUACUGGUAGUUCAUGUGAACAUUGUUACCAUAUCCUUUGACUAAAUUUCCAAAACCCUGUCCUAUCAUGGAGUCGCUAUUUUUAAGACACUACGGAGGUGGACACUUUCUUUGCUAUUAAAUUGAGUUGGGGGUAAAUUUAGGUUUGGCAAUAUAUUUUAUAUUGUUGAGUGUUUAUUUCUGGUUUCCCUAGACUAAUCAACCCGUUGACCAGUUUCCUGGAAAAUGAUACUCUAUUCUAGACCCCAACUCUUUGAUUUCUAUACCCUGUCCCAGACUAAACAGUCAGAUACAGACAUACACUGUUUACAGCUAGCCAUUAUGACACCUGAAGGAGGAUGAUGAGGUCAGCCCUAUAUUAAGAUCUCUCCUUACAGAAAACCCACCCAGCCUAGUAAAGGUUGACCACACCACCAGGAUCUAGGUCCCCUACUCUUUUUGAACAGUGGUGUGGGUACUUUUACAUCCCACAGGAACCAGUUUAGUAAAAGUGCUGUGAGAUGGGACCUAUGGUUUUUCGUCCUUAUCCGAGAAGACUAGAAAGUCUAACUGUUUCCAGAUGCCAUUAAAAAGGCAGCAUUUUCUUCUCAGUCAUUUUAAAGAUCCUGAGUGUUGGUCUGACCAGGGUUUAAAUCGGCAAUCUCUUGCUCAACAAACCAGCCCUCUUUCAACUGAGCAAACCAAGUGGCAGUCAGCUUGAAAAACCAUACCCUUCACUACUACACAUACCUAGUAUAUAGCCUGUAUAUGGCGGUACUCCCCUCCCUGGUCAAUUCCCUGUCAACUUAUUGCAUAUAGCCAGCAACCUGAUAUCUUAGCGACAGCUGUGCUGUCCUUAUUGAUAUGAAAUUUUCCCUGGAAUUUACAGAUCUUGUUGAGACAUUAUUUCACCAAGCUGGAUUUCAAACACUGGAAAAUGAUUAUGCUUACAGGAGAACUGUCAAUAAAAAAGAAGGAAUUGAUGUUCCAAGAAUAUUUGUGCAAGCAAAAUUUGUGAAGCCUGUUUAACUUUUACAAUGCAUGUCUGGAGGAAGUGAGUAUCAGGAAAUGACCAUGACAUUAGUGGGGCCAGUUGAUGGGUAUCCUGUGGACAAGACUGAUGGGUACGUCUAUCUGUUUGGGGAGCAGGAUUCGAAAAAAGGCCUGUCCAUUCCUCCAGGACAAGUAGAUUUUCUUGCUGGGAUUUUUUUUCAAACUCACUUGCCUAAUGCGCAAGGGUUCAGGCAGAUCACCUUAUAAAUAAAUCAUUAACUACAGAAAAGCAGGUAAUGGUCCAGAACAGCAAAAGGUGAGAGCUGCUUGACUACGUGCUUGACUGUCGCCACGCACGUGCGCACCUGAUCAUGAAAACGAUUCGAGAGAAAAAAUAU